GAUACGGUCCUCCGUGCUGUCAGAUUUCAGCUUCCAUCCCACGCCGGAGCCGCACGGCCAACGUCACAUACAUAGUUCUGAGGCUCAACCUGGAGUGUCCCCGCCUCCCGUCAUGGACCAUGCCCCACAAGCUCCGGCCUCACCGCCGUUUGCUCAGCCCCGGCCGAGAGCCCCGAGGUCGCCGGCACAGUCCGCACAGGUCCGGGUCCGCAACCGCCGCCGCGAGUAUCUCGACCGCAACCCGGCAUACUUUGACUCGCUCGAGCACGAGCUCGCAGAUCCUCUGCUCUAUCAUGAAUUGAUCCGUCGCUUUCAGUCGCCAGAAGACCGCGAGAAGGAGGGCCGCAAGAAGGGCUACUCGUGUGUCCUCGAGGUCGACCUGCUCCGCGGCGAGGCCAAGCUCACCAGGGCACGCGCAGCGAACAACCACAGCAGACAGGCCGACGGACACGGACAUGCAACCUCGACCAACGGCAUCACGCAGCCACCACCACCACCUGGGACGAACGGGGAGCACGUCGGCGGCGCUGUGGAUCAGCCCGGAGUCGCAGAGAUCGGGGACCGACUAGCACUUCCCGAAACACUAGAGGGGGGCCGCGAGAGGUGGAGAGACUUCCUCCGGCGCAGAUUCGUGCUCGGGCGUGACGACGAUUUCGACUAUAGAUCAGUGGACGAGAACGACGAUCUGGAUGCCCUGGAGAGGCGCGACACAGUGGAGGCGUGGUUCGACGACGAGGUGCCUGGGUGGGCGAGCGAUCGACCUGAGCAAGACGACAGUGACGACCAUACAAUGCACGGAGCUGGCGCACAGAAGCUGGCAGGCGAAACCGGCAUUCAAGAUUUCUGA